UUAGCGCGAGGCGUGACCUAGUUGACAGGCUCUGAGGUGCUGCUGUGGCGGCGGCCGCGGGGCUGAGGCUGUUGGGAGCCGAAGCCUAGCGCGGGCUGAGGGAAGAGGGCAGCGUUUGGCGAGUGGCGCGGGACCCGGAGCCUCUUGCACUUUUUUCCUCCCGAGUGCCCCCUCCCACCCCUCCCACUCCACACACACCCUGUUUGCCCGUGAGCCUGGGGAACUUGCAGCUUAAAGCCAGCCACCCCCACGGCAACAUGUACCCCAGCAACAAGAAGAAAAAGGUGUGGAGAGAGGAGAAAGAACGUUUACUGAAGAUGACCUUAGAGGAGAGACGCAAAGAAUACAUAAGGGACUAUGUUCCCCUGAACACCAUCUUAUCGUGGAAGGAGGAGAUGAAAGGCAAGAGCCAAAAUGAUGAAGAAAAUACUCAGGAAACAUCACAGGUGAAGAAAAGUUUGAGUGAAAAAGUUUCUCUCUAUAGAGGUGACAUCACAUUGCUAGAGGUAGAUGCUAUAGUCAAUGCGGCAAAUGCCAGUCUUCUUGGAGGAGGAGGUGUGGAUGGCUGUAUUCACAGAGCAGCUGGGCCCUGUUUACUGGCUGAAUGUCGUAACCUGAAUGGCUGUGAAACUGGACAUGCAAAAAUCACAUGUGGCUACGACCUGCCUGCAAAAUAUGUCAUCCAUACUGUAGGACCAAUAGCCAGAGGCCAUAUUAAUGGUUCCCAUAAGGAAGACCUUGCAAAUUGCUACAAAUCAUCUCUGAAGCUGAUGAAAGAAAAUAGCAUCCGAUCAGUUGCAUUUCCCUGCAUCUCAACCGGCAUUUAUGGUUUUCCAAAUGAGCCUGCUUCUGUCAUUGCCCUCAGCACCAUUAAGGAAUGGCUGGCCAAGAACCAUCACGAGGUGGAUCGGAUCAUCUUCUGUGUCUUCUUAGAAGUUGACUUCAAAAUCUACAAAAAGAAAAUGAGCGAGUUUUUCCCUGCAGAUGAUAAUAAUGAAGAAGAAGGUGUUGACAUGAAAGAAGAUUCAGAGGGGUUAGAGCCAAAAGGCCUCUCUCCACCCCACAAGAAGAGCAAAGCAAAGAAGCCAGAAUGUUCCAAAGACUCUAGUGAGGAUGAGAACGGUCCAGAGGAAAAACAAAGUACAGAAGAAAUGGAAGGGCAGAGCCAAGAAGCAGGUGGGCUCAGAUUUCUUUUGAGAAGUCUCCUAGGCCUCAUCCACAGAGACGGUGUCAGUGCUGCAACUGGGCCCCGCCCUGCUUCAGAAGAGGCCAUUGAAGUCUGUAAAGAUGAAGAUUCUGCAAAGGACAAUAUUACAAAAGACAAUGAAGUGAUAGAUCAUUCUGUGUGUGACCAAGAUCAUCCUAAUGGACAAGAGCAUGAUUCAACGAAGAAUGAAAUAAAAAUUGAGGCAGACUCCCAGAGCUCAUAUAUGGAAACAGAAGAGCUCUCACCAAACCAGGAAGAUGACACGAUUGUGGAGCAACCAGAAGUGAUCCCUCUAACAGAUGACCAAGAAGACAAAGAAGGUGAAAAAGCUCAAGGCGAGGACACACCUAGAGUUCCUGUGCAAAGUGAAGGCUCUGGCUACACAGAAAACUCUCCAAGUCCUGAUGUUGAAAUGAAUAGUCAGGUUGACAGUGUAAAUGACCCAACAGAGAGUCAGCAAGAAGAUUAACUAAUAGGGGCACAAGAUGAAGCAAAGGAACAAAGAAAUGGAAGUCAAUCACGGUCUUUGGCAUUGCAGGCCUCUCCUGGCCCUGGGGGGUGGGGGGGUGGGUGUAGGAAGACAGUAGUGAAAGUUGUAGAGGAGGGGGGUGUGGGGGGGGCAAGUCCCACAGAAGGACAGGGAAUCCUUUGCUCUAAUUUCUCCAGCUGCAUUGUGUUCUGUUUACCUGCAGAAAAAGAAAGAAAAAAAAAAGUUUCCUUGAACUUGGUGAGGGGCCCCACGUUAAUGCAUCUUUCAGGCACUAUGCCUGUAAUUUCUGUUUUUUUCUCUCAUGACUUUUCCCAGGGUCACCGUGGCACGGUGUAACACUCACAUGUGUAUCCUGGCCCCUGUCUGCUUUCUCGAUUAUCUCACAGAGCUGGUCGAUACAGUGGUUUCUUCAAAGAAAGAGACAGAUGAUGAUCCUUUGAUACACUGCAGGCUAAAUUUCAGGAAUCCUCAAGCCCAAUAUCAGUAUAAUCCCCAGACAAAGGAGGCAGGAAAGGAAAAUGGGCAAAAUGCUCAGAAAUAACUUGGAAAAAGGUCAGGACAGUGAAUUGAAAAUGGUAUUUUAUUCAGAGAUUCCCAGGGUACAGUUCUGUUCCAGGUGGUUAAUGAGGAAUGUGGAAGGAGGAUUUCAUCCAGAGCAGAAUGUAGAGGCAUUACCAUGAAGACGGGUGCUAGCAGCCAUUGGGGGCUUUCCCUUCCCAGCCAGGACUGCAGGUGCAUUCUUCGACCCUGACCUUCCACACAGCUCACCUGGUUCAUGAGAUCUUUAUUGUGUGCUUCGGCAUAGAGCCCACCAAGUGAGAUGUGACUCUUAAUGACACAGUUGGAAGGGAUGACACUCUUCAAGUGUUUUAGUUAAGAGAGGGGGCUGCUACAUUUAGAAUCCAAACAUAUGCCUAUGAAUAUUAAAAGUUCUACUUGAAAUCUCUCGUUUUAUAUACGCUUUUCAUAAGAGAACCUUUUGUCUUUACCCAAGGUUUGAGGGCCCACAGAAAGAUUCUCAUUUGAAGUUAGAGGCAAGUGGAGGUCUUGCUUACAGUUCUGGCUUGCUUUUAAAUAGUCUGCUUUGUUCAUGCCAAAUCCAAAACUACUUUGAUAGCUCAUCCCCUCUCCCAGAAAUCCCUUGAUUAUGGCCUUGAAGGGGAGAAGCAGCAUUACUAAGCCAAGGUUCCAGUGGUACAGUGGGCACAAGGGAUGAGGGGCCAAGGAGAAAGUCAGAAGUCGUCACAAAUGUCUGUCCCGGAGACAACAUCAGCAGCGAUCCUCAUGAGGCAAAAUGCCCGCUUCCCACGCUUCCCACAGCUCCCCGAGGUUCUAAGAACAGUCUAUUUUUUUCUGAGGAAACUGAUACCGCUUCUUGCGUAUCUUGUCAAAUCCACCUUCCUUAUAAGGUCUUUAGAAUUGUAAGUUAUUUAUAUAUAUAUAAAUAUAUAAAUAUAUUUUUUAGUGGAAGGAGAAAAGUAAUGGAUCAAAUUGGGUAUUUCUAAAAUCAAAGGGUGUUCUAUUUUCUAAAUAUUCCAUGGAGUUCUUCAGUUUUGCUCUUUCCUCUAUGGAAAAUUCACCUUCUUCUCUUUCUAUGAAUUUUGUUUUGGCCUUUCUGAAUUUGUUGCCUCUCUGAAUGGCUUAUUUGGCAUAUUGGAAUCAUUAGCAAGUUAUAUUUCUGCAUAUGUAAUAUGUUCUAACAUCCUGUAUAAAAAAAAAUGCUUACCAACCUAACAGCAAUGAUUUUUAAGGGACCUCAUGAUUUUGGAACAUGGCCAUUUCUCUUUCUGCUGUUAUUUUACAGCUUGAUAUGGAAAUGGAUAUGUCCCCUUCUGCCAUUACACAUCGCUUUCUAGAAAAACAAGGAAAAGUCCCAUUUUAAGUGAUCUGUGAAAUGAUGUCAUACAAAUACUGAUAGUUUCUAUAUUUCAUGCCAUCUUUAUAACUUAAUUGAAAGUCGCCAUCAUUCUGUGAAGGACUGGACAAGAGUAAUCUGCUAGGAGCCCAUUUUCCUGUGACUCCCAAAUGUUAGUGCUACUCAUGCUCAGUAAUGAGUUACAGUUGAAAACAACAUGCUGGAGACAAGAGGGAUGGGGACUUCUUAAUGGACAAAGAUGAAAGAGACCUAAUGUCCCUGUUAGGACCUGUGGAGAUUGGAAUUAUUUCAGUCGGGUGUUCUCUUUAUCAUCCACGACAGCCAUUUUUAUUCCUUCAUUUUAAAUGUGGGUGGGGUAGGAAUGGGGGAAGGAAUUCUCUGCAUGAAAACUGCAGGAAAGGAAAGAAAUCUUUGAGAACAAAACUAAGAGAAUGAGGGGUAAAUAUCAUAGCCGCAUUCCUGAAUUUGUUUAAACUUUUUUUAUGAUUAGAUUGUGUUUUCAUUUUUGCCUCAUUAUGCCUUUUGGUUGCUGUUUGGUUAUAAGAUUUUAUCCUUAAAACGAACAAUGAAGUCACUUUCCAUUUCAAUAGUAAGAUAUUAAAAAUCUAGCUGUUGGCCAGAUCGAAGACACCUCAACACAGGAAACCCCUUUUUUUCGCUGGUGCUGUCAUUGAACAGGCUAUACAAUGGAAAAUUUGAAAGGCAGAUUGAUUCUGCUGCACAUGAAUCCUGGAUGUCAAUUUCCAACCUCACUUCUGCCAGGCUGUGUGGCAAGAUGGCUUACAGGAGGGAGAGGGGGAGAAAAAUAGCCCCAUAUUAGUCAUGUUUGCAUACAGAGGAUCAAAGUAGGCUCUCAACAUAAUACAGGUAUCCCUGCUUUUUGAAAUUGCAUUACGCCGCUUUGCUUUUAUGAAAGACCUACAUUAGUACCUGCUACUGUUAACCUAAAGAAAUCCCAAGAGGGCUUUUGCUUUUAGGAAAACUGGAAGCUUAGGAGAAUGGCCCCACCCAGCUCCUUCCCUGGGAACUACACUCAAGUGUCUCAGCAUCAAGCCACCAUAGCUUUGACCUGUGUCUGUGAGCAUCUGUAUUUUAUCUCAUUUUAUUUUGUGCAUCCAUUAGCAAGAUGUGCCCUGUGGUAUCAGAAAAGGGUCUGGGAAGGCUCAAAAAUAUUUCCAUAUAAAUUAACGGUAAUUGUUUCUUUGCAUUACACCAUUUCGGCUUAAGGAUAGGUUUCAUAGGAAUACUACUUUCCCAUAGCAGGAGAAACCUGUAGUCCUAAUUAGAAAGGUAUUCGUUGUAAGAGAGACAAAGGGGCUUUUCCUCUAGCUAGUAACUAUUCAGAUGAUGGACAGGUCUUCUUUCAUAAAAGCUUACAAAGGAGGCAUCCAAAAUACUGUCUGUGAUAGUGGGUCACAUAUUAGUCACCGCAGCUAAUUGUAAAUCUUUCUAUGAAAUCCUGAAAAGCCUCUUUGUGAAUUAAUACCGUUCUGCUUGAUGCACUUGAUUCGAAAUGACUUUUCUCUGUAUGUGGUGCAUGUCAGCCUUGCUUUGAAAAAUAACAAAGUUAGCAGAAUAUGUUCAAUAUAUUUUCUUGGGGAAUAGGGUUUUUAUCAUAUGAUUCAUUAAGGAUUUGCCUUACCCUGACAUUUGUGAUAUAAAGGAAAAUCAGAAAAAAAAGUAAUUUUCUUGAUCAAGAUAUGUUUUUACUUAAUGCAAAUAAAUGUAGUCUGUUGCUUGCAAGGAAAAAAAAUGUCUUCUGAUAUCUGGUAUAACCUGCUAAAUAGAAUAAUAUGUGCCUCUUUUGUUAAAACAGCAUUUAAAUGCUGGACUGCUUCGAAAUCUGUUUGUUUCUUUUCAUCUGUGCCAUACGCUAAGAAACUUAAACAACUGUUGCCUUCAUACUAUAUUUGUUAGAGCAGAAUACGAAUAAAAUUGGUUUGAGAGGAUAAGGUGGAAUUAUCUGUGUCUUGUGAAAUUUGUUUUUUAGCAUAAGCAAUUAAUAACUCACAAUGUUCUUUUAAUGAGAUGUAUUUGGUUGCAAAUCCUGUAUUUAAAAUUGCCCCAUAAGGCAGCUUUAACUUACCAAUAGUCUUCCCUUACUGAGA